AUGCUGGCGGUCUAUGUGGUGGCACUCGUCUGGACGACGACGUCGCUCUCGGCGAUGGCACUGACCAUUCGCGACGCAGCGAGCCAAAACGAUGUGACGGGCUCGUUGACUUCGAGUGACCCGGCGAUGAGUCCGGCAGAGAUGCUUAUGGGUGGUUACACACAGUUCUCGGCCAUGCCCGCGCAGGGCUUUGAAGCGCUGCCUGUCGUCAUGGUGGCCAAGGCGCAAGCAGCUGGUGCUCGUGCAGUGCUGCUGGACAAGUUUUUCGUCGAACAGCCGUUUGGCGCAGAGGCCGACGACAAGACGGAUGUCGGCCACGGGAGCUGGUACAACGAGUUUGCAGACGCCGGCGCUCCCAUGGCAGGCAACCAUCAUUCUGUCUUUACCGCCAUCUCGUUCAUCCUCGACACUGCGGGUCCGCUCGCUAACAGAGCCCUCGGUCCACCCAUCGAGCUCGUCUUUGAACAGAUGCCGCUUGUCGAGCCCGAGACCGACGCCCUUCGUGACCUGUACAUCUCGCUCAACGGGCCGUCGUGGAACUGGGCCUCGACCAAUGUCAAUGGCAAGCCGUGGCUGUUUGUAGAGGGGGCCGACCCGUGCUACGACAACUGGGCCGGCAUUGUCUGCAACGAGGGCGGAAGCAUCGACCAGCUCCUCCUCCCGCAGCUUGGCCUUGUUGGCUCGCUCCCCGAGUCCAUCGGCAACCUCCUCGAUCUCACCGUCCUCGACCUCUCUAACAACCGCAUCUCGGGCUCGCUCCCCGUCCGUAUCGGCGAGUGGGUCUCCAUCAGGACCAUCAACCUCGCCUCAAACUCCAUCUCCGGCGACGCCAUCCCGCUCUCCUGGGCCAGCCUCGACGUCGAGACGCUCAACCUCGAGGGCAACCUGUUUGGCGGCCUUCUCAUCGCCUACAACUUCCCCCAGGCCGUCCGAUCUAUUCUCAUCUCCAACAACAACAUCACCGGCCCGCUGCCGACUGACCUCUCGGCCUACGCCUCGCUCAACGAGUUCCGCGUCGCCAACAACCGCCUCACGGGGCCCAUCCCGCCGAGCCUCUUCAGCGCCAGCCUCACGCUCGACGUCAUCGACCUCUCGGGCAACAGCCUCGAGGGCGUCGUGCCGCAGGGCAUUUUCCUCGUCACCGAGCUCGAGCGCCUCGAUCUCUCGCAAAACAGUUUUACCGACGUCGCCACUCCUCCGCCCGGUGCCAUUGUCUCCAUCGAGGUCCUCGACCUCUCGCACAACCUCCUCACCGCCGUCCCGAACUUGCUGGCCUUUACCAGCCUUUCCUCGCUCUCGCUCGCCAACAACAACAUUGGCGGCCUCCUCCCGGCCAUCCACAUCGCGAGCCUCCGCGAGCUCUCGGUCGCCAACAACGAGCUCACCGGCUUUGAUCCGGGCUUCUCCGAGUACUAUGAGGACUUUGCCAACACCACUUCGCUCGCCGCCCUCGACGCGUCGGGCAACAGGCUCAGCUCGCUCGUCGACGUCCUCCGCGCCCUGCCGAGCAUCCUCACCUCGAUCGACCUCUCCAACAACGAGCUCACCUUCCCCUACCCGUUCUUCGACUUUGGCUACCUCUCUCGCUUUGAGUUGCUCUCGGAGAUCUCUCUCGCCGACAACCUGCUCUCCUCGCUGGUUGUGGUCUCCACCGACGCCGCCGAGGGCUUCCCCUUCCUCUACGAGAUCGACCUCUCCAACAACGAGUUCUACGGGCCCAUCUCGGACUCGUUUGGCACGCUCAGCAUCAGCAUCGACCACUCGUACCACUCGUACCUCCUCUGCAACUGCCUCGACGGCUUCUACAACAACUCGCUCGGCGCCUGCCUCCCCUGCCUGCCGCACGCAAAGUGCGAGGGCUACCCCACCCGCCGCACCACCUCGCGCAUCUCCCCCAUCACCGGCUACUUUCCGCUCCGCCGCAUCAUCACCAUCGACCUCCCCUUUGGCAUCCCCAGCGCCCGCUCUAUCAACUACUCGCUCCCGGACGCCGCCAACUUUACCGACGGCGAGCCCAUCGACGACGAUCUCAUCUUCCUCCCGCCCGACGAGGACUCGUUUCCCGAGGCCCUCGUCCAUCUCGACGACGUCGACCUGUAUGACUCGGACGCCCCGCCAUCGGCCUCGCGCGCCGCUGCCAUUGCUGCUGCCUCCUCGUUUGAGGCCCGUCGUCGUGCCGCUGCUGCCGCGCCCUUUCGCGCCGCCGUCCGCGCUGCCGUCCGCGCCACCACCACCUCGUCGUCCACAGACGAGGCGUCAACGGCGACCAAGGCACUUGUGGCCGUCACCGAGGUGAUGAAGGCGUGCUCGUUUGGCGCCAUGAAGGAGACCGACUCGAACAACCCAUGCGUGGUCAACACCCAGGGCACCUUCUCGUGCAAGGAGGGCCACACCGGCCGGCUCUGCGCCGAGUGCAAGGACGAGUACUUUAGCCGUGACGGCGAGUGCAUCAGGUGCAACCCGGACGACGUCGUCUGGCCCAUCAUCUUCAUCGUCUUCACCCUCCUCGUCCUCGGCGCCGCCUUUGCCAUCGCCGGUAUCCGCGACGUCAUUCCGCGCAUCGAGCGCGUCUACACGCCUAUGAUCGGCGUCCGCGCCAUGGCCGCCACCGUCCACCACAAGGCCUCGUCCGUCAUGGCCGACCACCACUUUGGCAGCGUCCACCAUCACUCGGAGGCCGAGGAGGACGAGGACUACACCUUUGACACCAUCGGCUCGUCCUACGACGAGGAGCAGGAGGAGGCCAAGUCCCGCUCCCGCUCGCGCUCCCACACCAAGGCGUCCAAGGCGUCCAAGGCGUCCAAGGCGUCCAGGGCGUCCAAGGCGUCCAAGGCGUCCAAGGCGUCCAAGGCGUCCAAGGCGUCCAAGGCGUCCAGGUCGGCCGAGACCGGCUCUGAAUCGCUCUCCAACUCGCGCUCUACGCUGCGGUCGACACGCAACAGGGUGGCGCCGGCAGCGUACUCACGGGCGCAGAGCAGGCAAGGCCACAGCCAGCAGCUGUGGAAGCGGUCUGGUGAGCUCGACGCCGAGACAGUGGCCUCAUCGUCGGUGGUGGAGGAGGUCGACUCGCUCCGCGACCGGCGGCGGUCGCUCCGGCUGUACAUCCAGUCGAUCAUCCAGGUCUCGAUCAACUUCUUCCAGACGCUCGCCAUCUGCGUCGCCGACCUCUCGGUCCCGGCCUCGGUGGUCCCCGUCCUCGCCGUCGGCGAGUUCACCAAGUCGUCGUCCGAGGGCAUCGGCCUCGAGUGCUUCCCGCCAUUCCGCACCUUUGCCGCCCGCUACACCGCCAUGAUGGCCCUCCCGGUCAUCGUCGCCACCCUCAUCCUCCUCAUCUUCACCCUCAAGUUUGUCCUCCGCUACGGCAAGGCCCGUGCCGCCUUUGCCGCCCGCGCCGCAGGCGCCAGCAGCAGCCACUCGGACUCUCACCUCUCCUCGUCGCUGCUCUCGGACGACGAAGAGCAGGAGGCGAUCCGCCGGUCGACGUCGGUCUCGGCCUCGGCUUCGGCCUCGGCCUCGGCCUACGAGCUCUCGCAGCACGACGAGGCGCCGCCGCUCGGGCUCGUCUCGGAGGACGAGGCGCUGGAGCUGGUGGCCGUCCCGGCAACGCCGGCAUCCAAGUGGGCCAUCUACGGCGGACAGGUCAUCUACGUCGUCUUCCUCACCCUCAACUACUUCUUCUUCCCCAUCGCCUCGUUCUCGCUCAACGUCUUCCACUGCGAGGACGACCCGGUGUCGGGCGUGUCGUUCAUGGUGGCCAUGCCGCACCUCCCGUGCAACUAUCUCUCCACGGUGGAGAAGGGCAUCCCGCUGGUGGCCUACAUCGUGCUCCCGGUCGUCGUCCUCCUCGCCGUCAUGACCAUCCUCGAGUUCUUCCCCACCACCUACCUCAUCAACACCUCGUUCGGCUUCUGGUUCGACGCCUUCCGCUCAAAGUCGCGCUUCUUUGCCGCCAUCUUUCUCCUCCGCCGCCUCUUUCUCGCCGUCAUCGUCACCUUCCUGGGCGUCAACGCCAUCCAGCGCCACAUCGUCAUCAUCAUCACCCUCCUCGCCUCGGUCGUCCUCGACUACGAGGUCAUGCCCUACUACUUCCGCCGCACCAACAUCGUCGACAUUGCCGCACACGCCCUCCUCCUCCUCGUCUACACCACCUCGCUCCUCGCUGACAUCCUCAACGUUGACGGCGACUCGGCAGAGUUUGCCGGCACCAUCCUCAUCGCAUGCAUCGCCAUCGGCCUGGCCAUCCUCCUCUGGGCCAUCAUCCUCCCUGUCUACAACACUCUUGUCCGCGGCCGCUGGCACGACGCCGACGCCCGCGAGAAGCACCUGCACAAGGUCCUCUCCGAGCAUACUGCCCGCAACGCCGCCGCACACGCCGACGACUCGGACUAAACGCCCCCCCCCCCCC